AUGGCGGCUCGGGGGGCCAGGCAGCGGCUCAAGGGAAGCGGCGGCGGCGGUGGCAGUGGCGGUGGAGACCCAGCCAAACUACGAGAGGAGCCCCCCGGCCGAGAAGCGACAACUGCCUCGGAUCAGCGGGCUGAGCCAUCCGGGAGUAAAGCAGGACAAGUCUGGGCACCUGAAGGGUCCACUGCUUUUAAGUGCUUGAUCUCAGCUCGGUUCUGUGCUGCUCUCCUGAGUAAUAUUUCUGACUGUGAUGAAACAUUCAACUACUGGGAACCAAUGCACUACCUCGUUUAUGGGAAUGGGUUCCAGACGUGGGAAUAUUCCCCAGCUUAUGCAAUCCGAUCCUAUGCUUACCUGUGGCUUCAUGCCUUGCCAGCUGCAUUCCAUGCAAAAGUUCUACAAACUAACAAGGUUCUCGUGUUUUACUUUUUGCGAUGUAUCCUGGCUUUUGUGAGCUCUGUUUGUGAACUUUACUUUUAUAAGGCUGUGUGCAAGAAGUUUGGCCUCCACGUGAGUCGAUUGAUGCUGGCAUUUUUAGUCCUCAGCACUGGGAUGUUUUGCUCAUCAGCAGCUUUCCUGCCUAGCAGCUUCUGCAUGUACACAACCGUGAUAGCUAUGACCGGCUGGUUCAUGGAUAAGACUUCCAUUGCUGUGCUGGCAGUAGCCGCUGGGGCUAUCCUUGGCUGGCCAUUUAGUGCCGCUCUUGGGUUACCUAUUGCCUUUGAUUUGCUGGUCAUGAAACGAAGGUGGAAGAGUUUUCUUCAUUGGUCACUAAUGGCCAUAAUCCUCUUUCUGGUGCCUACAGUGGUCAUUGAUAGCUACUACUAUGGGAAGUUGGUGGUCGCACCUCUCAACAUUGUUUUGUAUAAUGUUUUUACACCCCACGGACCUGAUCUUUAUGGCACAGAACCCUGGUAUUUUUAUUUAAUUAACGGGUUUCUGAAUUUCAAUGUGGCCUUUGUAUUGGCUCUCCUGGUCUUACCACUGACUUCCCUCAUGGAGACCCUGUUGCAGAGAUUUCAUGUUCAGAAUUUAGGCCGUCCCUAUUGGCUUACCUUGUCUCCAAUGUACAUUUGGAUCAUUAUCUUCUUUGCUCAGCCUCACAAAGAGGAGAGAUUUCUGUUCCCCAUAUACCCUCUUAUUUGCCUUUGUGCUGCUGUGGCUCUUUCUGCACUUCAGAAAUGUUAUCACUUUGUGUUUCAACGCUACCGCCUAGAACAUUACACGGUUUCUUCUAAUUGGUUGGCUUUAGGGACCGUGUUCCUCUUUGGGCUGCUAUCCCUUUCUCGGUCUGUGGCACUAUUCAGAGGGUAUCAUGGACCCCUUGAUUUGUAUCCUGAAUUCCACAGAAUUGCUACUGAUCCCACUAUCCACACAGUCCCAGAGGGGAGGCCGGUGAAUGUCUGUGUGGGCAAAGAGUGGUACCGAUAUCCCAGCAGCUUUCUGCUACCUGAGAACUGGCAACUCCAAUUCAUUCCAUCAGAGUUCAGGGGCCAGUUGCCGAAACCUUUUGCCCAGGGACCAAUGGCCACACGGAUUGUUCCCACUGACAUGAAUGACCAGAACCAAGAAGAAACAUCCAGAUAUGUUGACAUCAGCAAAUGCCAUUAUUUGGUGGAUUUAGAUACAGUAUCAGAAACACCUCGGGAGCCAAGGUAUUCAUCCAACAGAGAAGAGUGGAUCAUCCUUGCUUACAAACCAUUCCUUGAUACUUCUAGAUCUUCAAAACUACUGCGAGCAUUCUAUGUUCCUUUCCUGUCAGAAAAGCAUACAGUGUAUGUAAAUUACACCAUCCUCAAACCCCGGAAAGGAAAGCAAGCCAGGAAGAAGACUGGUGGUUAGCAGCACACUUGUGGUCCCAAAGAACCAGCCAUUACUGCUAACUAGUGGCUCCACGGGCAUCAUUUCCUCCAAUCAUCACUUGUAACAUUCAUAAUAAAGAUUUUCCAACAAGAAUACUGGAAUCCAGGUGCCUCGGGCUAUUCAAAGUUAAUUCCAUUCUUUCAGUUCUUGCCUGUAUCUCUGCUCUGCUUCUAGAGUUGUGUGAACUAGAGCAACAUGGGUUAUGGCAGUGGAAGACUUAUAUGAUACCUGUAAGUGUAUUUUCUUCUGUUGAGUUAUUUAUGAGACUGAAAAAAGAACAGAGCUAUCAGGAAGAUUUGAAAAGCUGUGGACUGGUUGGCUCUAUUCAUCUGUUCUCUUCUACUCUAGCUGAGCACCAGAGAAAUACUCAGCAACUCUGGGGCUUCUCCACCCAUUGCUGCUUGGCAUCUCCCAGCACUCUUCCUCCUGCUUAUUCUCAGCAGGGGAAUUGGAACAACCAAACACCUAUCCAUAUGUCUUUGUUCCCCCCAGCAAAACCAUACUUCUGUUAAGUACUUCACUAGACCAGGAUGUCCGUCCUGGAGAUGUAGCUCAGGAAGGAGACAAACUUUUUUGGAACUAUGAUAUAAUUUUUGUUCUUUUGUAAUUACCUAUAAUUUCCAUUUUUUCAUUUCCCUUUUAAAGUGUGAAUUCAUGGAGUUUCUAUAAGUUGAAGCAGUGUACAUUCCCUUGAAUGCUAAGUGAAUAGGGAAUAUUUGGGGAAAAGUGCCUGCUCUUCAUUUUCUGUAUAUUAUCGGGGGUUUUUUUUGUUGUUGUUGUUGGUUUUUUUAGUGAAGCAAUUGGGGUUAAGUGACUUGCCCAGGGUCACACAGCUAGUAAGUGUUAAGUGUCUGAGGCCGGAUUUGAACUCAGGUACUCCUGACUCCAGGGCCGGUGCUCUAGCCACUGCGCCAUCUAGCUGCCCCAUAUUAUCGUUUUAAGAAAUGUAUUUUGUAGAAUCCAUAACAGAUUCUGGAAGAAGUGAUUGAGAGACAGAGUUUCCGACAGACUCUGAGAGAAAGAAAAAGCAUCUAACUCUGAAAAGAGCAGGGUGGGGAGGAAGGGGAAGAGUGUGAAGCAAGAAGCUGAGGUGAGAGCUGAGUCUUCAGAGCAUUUCUAGCAAUUCCAUUGGGAAGCAAAUCCAUUCAGGGUGCUUUGGUGGUGGAGCAAGGAUGGUGCCUGUAUAUGGCACUCAGAGAAGCAGAGCCAGAAAACUGGAGAGAGCCAGAAAGAUCUAGAUAGGAGUGGGUUCAGAUGAAUAUUAGAACUUUCCAUUUUAAGGAGGUGAUUUUAUUUGGGUGUGAGUUUGGGUGGGGCCGCGCAUGACUCAGAUUGCUGGGCCAAAGCUGUUCCUUCCAGGCUAUAUUCAUGGUGUGUGGGAGUGUCUGUUUUGGUAUUGUUUGGGCUGCUCCCUCACUAGCCAUGGGCUCCCCUGUCUCAGGAGAACAAAGAGGACAUUAUUGAGUCAAAUUCCUCUACUGGGGCCCACAAGGGUCAGUGUCAGGACCUAAACAUUUAGGUUUAAAUAAGGUGCCAAAAAAUCUUUACAAAUGAUAGUUUCCAGUAUCUGCAAUUGAGGUAAAUUAAUUUUCUGAAAUUUCUAGAACUAGAAUGACUUCUCAGCAGGACCAAACUUAGGAGAGGAAAAGAGAGCUGAGAGAAGGAACAGUUGGUUGCUUACUUCAGAGACUAUCUGAGACGGAGCAGAAGCAUUAAGAAACAAUAGGUCUCCUUCCUUCUCCCAUUUCCCCAUCAUAGACCAACUCCAUCCGUGUGGAAGUUCUUUUUUAGGUUUAACCUUAAUUGCAUUUGUUUCAAAUCCUCCUCAGUGAAGAAGGCAAUGAGGCAGAUAGAUGCCUCAUGCUCCAAGGAAAUACAUUGCUUGGAGGACUUAGUCCUUCUCUAUACAGAGCCCUGUGCCCAAUACAAUGAAAGGAGUAAACAGAAUAUAGUUGAAAGAGCAUUCAUUUUAUUUAGAGUUAAAAGAUCAGAGUGCAAGUCCUGUCUCUGACACCAACUAGCCAAGUGACCUGGGACAAGUAACUUCUUUCUAAGCCUCAGUUUCUUCCUCUGUCAAGUGAGAGGGGUUGGAAUGUAGAGCAGGGGUUCUUAACCUUCUUUGUGCCAUGGACCUCUUGGGCAGCCUGGUGAAACCAAUGUAAAGCUUCUCAGAAUCAUUUUUGUUAAUGCAUAAAACACAUUAAAUAAGUUUAUAAAAGAAAAAAAAGAAUAGGUCUAGCUAGAAGAAUAGAUAAGACUUACAAGUGACAUGGAAGGAGUUGAGUGUAGGUUCCCUUGAGGUGCUUCUGUGGCUCCUAACUUUAAAUUUCUUUGGCUAUGCUGGCACCAUACCGGCCUGGCCAAGAGGUGAAAGCAUCAGGACCUUAAGGUAAGGCCUCUGCCUUCUUCCAACAUUACUGAAAAGGUUAAAGGAUUGGCUACUGAUGGAUGCCACUUAGGGAGAUGCAGUGUAGACCUUGCAACACUUACAUGUGUUACAUGUGUAGACAUUUGCUAGUUAAGUUAAGCAGUUCAGAUUGAGGAAUUAAAUUGAAAAAAACACAACCAUAAUAUAUUGAUGUUUCAUCUGGGCCAGGAGAUAACCCUCAGUUCUCAAAGGUCAUGCUCACAUGGCCAAGUUCCUGCAGGAACUCCUAGCUAAGAAAGUGUGGUUCUAGCAGCAGACUACUCUCAUCAUCUGAAAACCAGCAUAGCUAAAUUGGGGGAAGCUUAUCAGAGGGUUGGUCACAAGGGGGUGGAUUUUUGAGGGCCAUAUUAAUUUAUACCGAUGAUUGAUGGAGGUAUAGAGUGGUUUUAGUCUGCUUGAAGAAGUAUAAAAUGCAAAAAGCCUAAUCUAAGAUAUAUACAUCAGAAACAUCAGGCCCUUCCUUUUGAUACUUGUUCAUUUUUCUCUGUAGUAGAUCUAUUAAUAUAAUCAAACCAACAAAUAUCCAUUGAGUACCUGGUGUGUGCAAAGUAUAGUGCUAGAGGUACCUGAUAUAAGGAGAUAAGUUUAAAACAGUUAUUGGCUUCAGGAAGCUUGUAAUCUAAUUGGGCUACAAGGCACAGAUAAAUGAAAGACAUCCAUGUCUUUGUAACAGGUUUGUAGGGAAGAAGGGAGAAGUGUGACAGGAACCAGGGUGAGUAGCAUUCCUCAGACAGAGAACCAAUGUGCAGCAGAAUCUUAGCUACUUUUCUGGGUGGCUGAUCCAUUCACGGUGAUGACAAAAAAAAAAAUUGUUUCUGUAGAUUGGGUAUUUUUUGGGGGGUAUUAUUAUUGCAUUGGAGAAGAUUGUUGGGCAUAAUUGAAGAGAAGGCUUUUGAUUGUUUUAUAUUUUUGGAUUGAGGACUGAUAGAUAUGAGGACCUGUUUCUGAUGGAAUAAUUAAUUGUUCUUUGCACAAAAGCCCUCUAACAGCCUAAUUUUAAUUUCUGACUUUGUGGCUUAGAGCAACAUUGUCGCACCUAUAUUCAAUGUCUAUUUUAUAUCUGGUAGAUUUAAUCUGAUAUGAAAGCAUUCACAUAAUUUAAUUUAUAAGUUUUAUUGAUGGCUUUUGUUUUUACCACACCAUUUUCAUAUAUGCUCCUCUACUCUCCCAUUCCCUACUUUGUUCUUUGAAACAAAAGAAAGAGUUCAUCAAAACCAACCGAGACCAUGUUUGACAGUGUAUGCAUAUACCCAUAAUUAUACCCAUAAUUCUCCACCUCUCCAAAGAAAAGUUUGAGAUGUAUCUCCUUAUCUUUUCUCCAGGGCUAAGACUGAUCAUUACAAUUACACUGUCCCUGUGGCUUCUUCCUCUAAUUGAAUGAUUCCUCCUAGAACUUCCAUUUUAAGAAAAGUGCCCAGGCCAAGAAUGUCUUUCUUCCUUUUCAGGUUCUACUUCAGAAUCCAUACUUCAAUGUUACUAGCUUCUUGCUACCUUUCCUCCCCACUCUUUCAACCUCCUUUUAUGUGUUGUCUUCUUCCUUCGGAAUGUAAACUCUCUGAGAGCAGGGACUGUCUUUCUUUUUGCAUGUACUGGUAUUCUCAGAACUUAGCAUGGUGCCUGGCACAUAGUAAGUGCUUAAUAAGUUAUUGUUGAUUUGGCUUGACAUUAGCAUCCAGUUUUAUUUUAAUGUUCUUUUAUUUAUAUUAUUAUGGUAAUAUAAACUGCUUUUCUGGUUCAGCUUAUUUUGCCUUCCAUCAAUUCUUACAAAUAUUUCUGUGCUUCUCUGAAUUCCUCAUAUCUGUCAUGUCUUAUGGUGCAAUAACAUUCUGUUAUACUGAUAUAUUACAUGAUUGUUCAGCCAUUCCCCACUGAUGGGCAUUGAAUUUGUUUUCAGUUUUCACAGCUACAAAAAAUCUGCUAUGAAUAUUUUGGCAUAUAUGAGACCACUCAAUUCUGCCUUUAUUUUCCUCGGGAUAUCUGCCCAGGAGUGAGAUCUCUGGGUCAUUUUUAUCAAAUAAUUCCAAAUUGUUUUCCAGCAUGGAUGGACCAGUUUUACAGUUCUAGCAAUUGUGUAUAAGGGUGCCUGUCUUUCCAGAGCCCCUUCCAUAAUGGACAUUUCCAUCCUUUAUCAUCAUCUUUGCCAGAUUGCUAGGUGUAAGGUAAAACUUCAAAGUUGUUUUAAUUUUCAUUUUCUUAGUAAUUUGGAACAUGGUUGUUGUUAGCAUGGAUUUAUACUUUUGAAAUCUGUUCAUGUCCUCUAAACAUUAGUAAGAGAGAUCAUUUUAACCUUUUGGAAUAUUCAUAGCUAAUGAAUAUUCCCACCAUACCCGUGCUUAACUGAACACCAAACUAAGAAGCAAACUGUUUCAUUUUAAGCCAAGGUGGUAUCUCGUGAAUUUAUCUGGGUCAUUUUUCCUAGACUUGGGGAAAGGAUAAGUCUUUGAGUUCUACACAAUCCUCAUAACUAUAAACUCUUUAUACUUGAAGAAAUGUUAAAGAUGAUCUAUCCCAAGACUCAUUUAAUAGCAGAGAAAAGUAAAACCAAAUGAGGGUCGAAGUGACUUGACAAAGUCCCACACCUCAGCAGAGCUCAGAUUAGAGCCCAAAGCUUUAGCUAUCCAGACUAGUACUCUUUCCAUUAUAUUAUACUGCUCCUAGGGAUGCAAAGUAAAGCAUCUUUUUUUUUUUUUAAGUGAGGCAAUUGGGGUUAAGUGACUUGCCCAGGGUCACACAGCUAGUAAGUGUUAAGUGUCUGAGGCCGGAAAAAGUAAAGCAUCUUGAAAACUAGCACAAUUCUGGAGGGGUGGAAGGGCUGGUCAUUGGUGAGGAAUAUGGGGAGACAGGUGGUGCUCAGCUAUGCAUUUAAUGUGAGUAUAGUGAAGGUGAGGAUUUGUAUGGGGCCUAAAGUAUUCAGGUUGGUAUUAGGCAACUGCAAUUCUCACAUCAUAUUCUCAUAAUCAUAGUUUGGGUUUUUUUUUUCCCAGCACAGGGGAGACAGAGUUUAAUCUGACAGUCCCUCCAUUGACACAUUAAAAUUCUAUGUAUUGCUGUAUUCUUAUGCUCUUCCACUAAAUGUCUUGAGUAAAUGGAUUUAAUGUUAUUUGGUGGAUUCAAAUAGACAUGUGUCUAGCUUUAAUCUUUUGUAAUAGACAGGCAUCUUCUGUACAGUAUCAUUGGAUUUUAGAGGCCCUCUGGUAUGUCAUUGAAUCUAAACAAGUUCUGGCUUUAAUCUUCCCAAUGUUUUAAACUGUGUGAUUCAUAUUGCAAAUGAAAUCAGGAAACAAGAGGAAUAGCGUGGAAGCAAGGACAUUGUCCAGUGCUGCCCUCUCCCUGGUCCUGGUUGUUUUGUUGUUUCAUGUAUCACUGUUUACAUUGUAUUCUUAUUGUAUUUAUUGUGAAAUGAAAGUCAAAUAAAUCCUCUUGGUUUGAA